AUGGUUGAGGUUUCUGAGGAGUCCAUCACUUCUAUUCGGGAGACUCUCUCGCACUUUGUUAGCGGCGUCACCGGGGGCCGCACAAUCGACUCUGAUGCCCUCACAUUGACCCCUAUUGAGAAGCUUCGCGCUGCCGUCGUGUCGGAACUGGAGUCAUCAACCCUCGGGGUCCACUUAGACCUAAUCAACGCCAAGAAUCAGUUCACCUUUGCUUGUUAUGUAGCAGCCGACUUCACCUGUUCGCACCCGCUCGAGUACCAAGUUAUAGUAGCGCAGCUCACAAUCUUCUUUUUCCAUGCUGAAGAUAUCCUUGAAGGGAAGCCCGAAGUGCUGCGUCAGCUGCAGCUCAACGUUGCUACAGGACAGCCAACCGGCGAUGCAGUACUCGACUGGUAUGCCCGUGAGCUGACUCCAAAACUGUGGAAGCACUUUGAUCCGCUCGUCGCCAACAUGAUUGUAAUCGCCUGCUAUGACUUCGUCAAUGGCAUUGGGAUCGAGUUGUUGACCAAGCAUGCCGAGGUACAUCGAGAGGCUCCCAAUUUCCCCGAUUGGCUGCGCUUCAAGACGGGGCUGUCGCCCAUGUACGCCCUGCUGGCACUUGCACGCGUCUCGGACCCUCAGCUGCCCACAGGUGGAUUCGAGAAGUUUGUCCAGACCAUUCCCGACGUGAUCGUCUUUACCAACAUGGUCAACGACGUCAUCUCCUUCUACAAGGAGCAUCUGGCUGGAGAGAAGGGCAACUACAUUGACAUGCGCGCUCACAAGGAUGGAGUCGACGUAGUUGUAGCGCUUCGCACUGUGGCUGACGAGGGCAUUUGCGUCCGCGAUCGUGUGCUGGCUGCACUUGCGGACGAACCUGAGUAUCGUGACAACUUUGACGCAUACGCCAAGGGCAUCACCCACUUUCACACCUCGUCUCCGCGUUACCGCAUGGUGGAGUUGUUUGGGACGCCUACGCAGUCUUCAUGCACCAUCAGCGAGUCACUCAGCUGUGGUGAUUGUGGUAUAUAA